UGCAUCAACCAUCAGACAGCGGAAGGACUCGUAAAAGAGCUGACAAGGAUCAGAUCUGAAGAAAUCCUCUCACCCAGACAAUCAGCAUCCAUCACUGAAGCUGAAGAAUAAAUUGAGGGCAUUGUGGUGCUCUUUGGUGGACGGACACCCAUGAGAGAGAAGACCUAUCAGCUCUAAUCUUCAAAAGACUUAAUAAGCAAACCCAACAAAAAUGAAGGCAUACAGCAUUGCAGUUGCAGUGACACUCGUGCUUGCCUUUAUUUGCAUUCUGGAGAGCUCUGCUAUCCCAUUGACUGGGGUCCAAGAGCUGGAGGAGGCAGGGAGCAAUGACACUCCAGUUGUGGCACAUCAAGAGAUGUCAAUGGAAUCGUGGAUGAUGCCAAAUCACAUCAGGCAGAAGCGGCAGAGCCACCUCUCCAUGUGCAGCAUCUGCUGCAACUGCUGCAAAGGCUACAAGGGCUGCGGUUUCUGCUGCAAGUUCUGAGGAUUCCUGCAACAACCACAAUAUAUUAAUUUAUUCUUCUUUUUUCCCAUCUCUCCACAAGAAUUACCUUUUCUUUACCUCCUCUUCUUUUAGUGCAUUUACUGUUACCAUUUUGAAAGAAAUGAAUAACAGAACAGCACAAUGUCUGAGGAUAUACUCUUUUGUAUUUAUUUUGUAUGUUUUAACUUUUGAACCGUUUUUUUUACAAGCUCAAUGAUGUGAACAUUUCUUAUUUAAUAAUAAGUCUUCUGUUGCAUUCUUUUUCAUUGAAAAUAAUUGGUACUGAAUAAAAUUAUUACUAUCUGAGGCAA